AUGCAGCAACAAGCACCACCCAAGAAGCGUGGCAGGGCACCAGCCAAGGCAAAGGACAGUCCGGUAGACGACGACGAUGAAGAUGUGCCACCGCCUCCGAAGAAAGCACCUGGCAAGGGAAAAGGCAAAGCUAAAGCCACCGAUACGAAGGAUGAAGAUGAAGUGGCGCCCGAAGCUUCCGAAGCGAUUUCCAAAGACAACCAGUUCGCUACGACCGACAAUCUUGUCGUCCCUGUGGACGAAACUUGUCCAUUGAGCUCCAGAGGCUGGAGAGUCUACAUCGACGAUGACGAUGGCAUAAUAUACGACGCGUCGCUCAAUCAGACUCACUCUUCCGGGAACAACAACAAGUUCUACAAGCUGCAAAUUCUCACCGAUGGCCGGCAGUUCCGCACCUGGACCCGCUGGGGCCGUGUUGGUGCCAAUGGUCAGAGCGCUCAACUCGGCGAUGGCAGUCUUCAGUCUGCCAUGAAGGAAUUCGAGAAGAAAUUCAAGGACAAAGCCGCGCUUACGUGGUCGAAUCGAGCCGGUGCUCCAAAGCCUGGAAAGUAUGUGUUUCUUGAGAAGAGCUAUCUCCCGUCAGAUGACGAGGAUGAGGACGAAGAUCAGGCUGGUCUCGCGGAUGUGAAGCCUGGCCGGUCCCGCAGCACGUCUCCUUACAACAAGUGCACAUUGGCGCCGGAAGUUGCCGAGUUGAUGAAGUUGAUCUUCAAUCGAGAGCACAUGGACAGUGUCAUGGCGGACAUGAACUACGACGUCGAGAAGAUGCCUUUGGGCAAACUGAGCAAGGCGACCAUCACGAAAGGUUACGAUGCGCUCAAACGCCUCGCUGAGCUAUUCGACGAUCCCGACCUGGCGACAUCACAUCAUGGAAUGGCCACCGUCCGCGAAGCCACCGAGCACUUCAGCGACUUGUACUACAGCUAUAUUCCUCACAACUUCGGCCGCAACCGUGCUCCCGUCAUCUCGAACCAUGAACAUCUCAAGAAGGAGGUGGAGGUACUCGCUUCGUUGGCCGAUUUGAAGGAUGCAGACAAGAUCAUCAAGGCAGGAAAGGAUAGAAGCUCAGGUCAUCUCUUAGACUCCCAGUUCCAAAGCUUGGGCCUGCAAGAGACCACUCCCAUCGACCGCGGCACGGAUGAGUUCUCUCACAUCAGCGACUACCUCAUCAACAGCCGCGGAUCUACGCAUGGCCACGAGUAUAAGCUUCUCGACGUCUUCCGCAUUGAGAGACAAGGCGAGAUCGACCGCUUCGAGCGCAGUCACGGUAAGAGGACCGCCAGCGAUCGUCGCCUCCUCUGGCAUGGAUCGAGGAGCACCAACUACGGCGGCAUUCUCAGCCAAGGCUUGAGGAUCGCACCACCAGAAGCGCCCGUGUCAGGAUACAUGUUCGGCAAAGGCAUCUACCUCGCCGAUAUGGCAUCGAAGUCGGCGAAUUACUGCAACUCAUACGCAAGCGGCGGCCACGCACUUCUCCUCCUCUGCGAGGCUGAACUCGGCGAUCCCAUGCAGGAACUGGUCGAUGCCUCCUACGACGCUGGAGACGAUGCUCUCGCCAAAGGUCUCCUCUCGACAUGGGGCCAAGGUGCCGUCGGACCCGCUUUGUGGAAGGAUGCGUCUUGCGUGCACCCAUCGCUCGCCGGUGUCCAGAUGCCAGACACCGUCACCAAGCCUCCAGGCGACACGACAGUGCUGGAUGCAUGUUUGGAGUAUAACGAGUACAUCUGUUACAACGUGGAUCAGGUGCGGCUGCGGUACUUGCUGCGGGUGAAGAUGUGA